CAUUCUGCGAGUGCAAGCUCCAGCGGCAUAAUUUGUGCACGGCGCCAUGUCUGAGGGCGGGGGGAUGGAUACCAGCAGUAACAAUGAUCCGCUUGACCUGGAAUCGCUGGAUCUGGAGUCGUUAUUUGGAGCACUCACAGCGGUGGAAUCGGCCAUUCCGGAGCUAUUGGCAUCCAUCAAGCCCAUCCUCCAUCACCUCGUCUCGCCUGCUUCUGUCCAAGGUUCAGAAGAUGAAGCAUCAGGUAUCGGGGCGAGAGAAGCCGUGGACAAAUAUAUGACCUUACUGGAUAAAAUCCAAUUCGUCCUCCGUCAGACUGUCUAUUACCUGUUGGAAACUCGAGCUGCUCCUCAGACUCUGAGACCUCCACCUGUCAAUGCUAUCCCUACGCCAUUCGCGUCGACCUUGCCGGAAGUCACAAGCGCCUCCACCAACUCAACGACAGCGAAUGGUACUGAUUCGGAGAAGAGUACUUCAACGGAAGCUGAGCUGGGUCUAUACGCUACGCGUUUAGAAGCUAGAUUCCUGAGCGAGAUGGUAGACGCUUUACAGAGGUUACGAGAGAAUGCGCAGAAGGAAAGACAGAGCGAGGACAGAUUAGGAAACACAAUGUCGGUAGACCCUCAGCCUCCAUGAACAGGGCAUCAGAAUGGAUACACGAUCGGACAUA